CGCUCUCACACAGAGGCCGAUGCAGCGAAGAUACCGCUGACGCCCACCGCAUCUCGAACAUUUCUCAUUACGUAGGCUGCUGUUGCUUGCUGAGAGCAUACCACAUGACUGACGAGUGGCAUGAUAGCCCUAACGAGGCCAAUGCAGUGACUGUUCCAGUCAACGCUGGCGUUACUGCCGACACUGUCCGACAGGAACUCGUCAUUCUCGCGACGGUCAUGAAUGCCGGAGUGCCGCAAGGGUUCGACAAGUACAUGUGCAACGCCAACGGCACAGUUACGGUCGACUACGUGCAGACGGACUUCGUCGCGCUGCCCAUGUCACAAGUUCGCGAAAUUCACAGCUUCGAUGACAGCACCUGUCAGAUCUCCAAGAUCGUCGGCUAUGUUCAUGGACCACUCACAGUGGUGACCGCCGGUCUCAACGUCACUGACAUCGUUAGUGAGUUGAAGGCUGGGGAGAGCGUUACCCAGAUACUCAGUGCUCUUGGCCAUUGAUGGGUCAGGUAGCGUACCGCUACCAUGUGAAAGUAUUGACCCUUGACUUCGAGACUCACAGUAAAGCCUAUUACCCAUUUGCAAGCGCAGCAGAACCAGACAGAACAGGUCCUGAGUCAUGUCAAUGAAGUGAUGU